UUCCAGUCGUUCAAUUAACAUACAAAAGCCUGACGCUGAGCCCCAUGACAUCAUCUUUAGAAAGUAUUCAAGUAAAUAAGAGUAAAUAAUAAUAAGAAUCUUCGUCGUUCCCUCGACGUAUUUUUCCUAGUUACCCACUACGCGCAAAAUAAUUUUUUGCUACCCACUGUCCGGCACGAAAUGAGCUUUGAAGAUUGUGCUCAUUCGAGCUGCUGAACAUCGCAAGAACUAUGGCGCCCAAAAACAACAAGGGCGGCUCGGCGACGCAGGGCGGCAAGGGUAGCGGGCCCACCAGUGGCAAUAAAGCCGGCGGCGGUAAGGGAACCAGCAAGGGCGAGAAGAAAAAGCAGCACUUUGAGCAGAAAAAGCAGGAGUAUGCCGAGCAGUCGAAGAAGGAGCGCGAGGCCAACCAGGAGGCCUACAAGCGUGCCCAGGACCGGGAAAAGUAUGAGUACUACCGGAAACGGGCCGAAGAGAAGAAGCGGGAAGCCCCGCCGCUGGAGUGCGGCGUGACCUACGUGCAGGACAAGCUGGGGAAGCCAAAGGCCGUCCCGGAUUUGUCCGACCACUGGGUCAAGGGGAACUACCGCGAGAUCCAGCUCUUGUAUCCUAUGUAAAAACGUCCCCACCCCGUAGCUGUCAUGCAAAUCUGCAAGCCUAAAGUGCUUCCCAUGCGCAGCCGCAUGAGGAGCAUGUUUUAAUGCUGUCUGGGAGUUUGUCAUGCGCAAAGUAGCAUAAGGCGGUCGAUUUGUGAUGCGGACACACUAGCUGCACAGGACUACACUACGAGCUCCAAUUUGUCAUGCGGAACAGCCUAAACUUUUUGCCUCGUGUACGCAAAAUCGGCAUCUUGAUUCUGGGAUGGGGACGUUUUUACACAGGAUGCCUUGUCCUUUGUCCCCACGGAUUUCUACGUGCCUGGGGACGAGAUCAGCGGGGAGGCGCGGGUCCGGGAGCUGGAGUACUUCUUCGCGGAGCAGGCGCGCAUGCUGCGGAAACUCCGGGAGCUGCCCUUUCACCAGGUGUGGUCGCACGUUUUGUACAAUAACACGGUGCUGCCCGCGCUGCGCUCCUUCGUGGCCUUCUGCACGCGGCAGCACGAGCAGCAGUUGAGCCUAUUGACGAACGACAGCAGCUGCACGAGUGUAGCAGCGGCGUCUCCGUCUUCCAAAACUUCGUCCAAAAAUCCGCUCUCUUGCAAGGUCGUGUCCCACGUGCAAGGUGGAAGCAAGAAGGAUGCGACUCAAGCGCCGUUUGGCGCGGUCACGUCGCAGGGACUCGACGAGGCGCGCGCGCAGUGCUACGAGCACGUCUUCUGGGUGCUGGUGCGGUUGACGCGGCGGAGCGAAUCCGCGAGCGAGCGCAUCGGCGAGGAGAAGUACGCGGACCUGAUGCAAAAGGUGUGGUCGUUCCCCUUCCUGUUGGAUUUUUGCGCCGUGUACGGGGGCAGCAACUUCUCCGUGGUGUUCCAGGGCGUCCGCUCGGUGCUGCAGGACCCAGCGCAUGUUUCAUCCGCGACUUCGACCACGACGACCAAAGCACUGAUCGAAAAAAAGUACGCGACCUCGAAAAAGGCCUUUGCGGAGCUCCUGGAGAAAUCGUUGGAGCGCGCGUACUAUGCUGUGCAAAAGUAUCGUACUCGUAGUAAUCGCUGUCAUGCAUUACAAAUCUCCUUCUUAACUUAAAUCCGCAUUACAAAUUGCAUUUUUCAUGCUGAGGGAAUUUGUCAUGCGAUUUCUACUAGUGCGAUGCUUUUGCAUUCGAUAUGUACAACGAGGAGCAAGACGACGCGUGGUACUUUUUGGCCGACUGCCUGGUGCAGCUGGAGUGCGUGUUUGCCUUCUUCCCGGAGGACUUUGACCUUUUCGACGAAGAAGUUGUGAUCAAGCCACAAGUUGCAUCGUCGACUGCCUCCAGUAGCAGCUCUUCGUCUUCAAAGUGGUUAAAAACAGCGCUGAAAACAACGACCACAAGCGCCGGAGCAAGUGGUUCGCAGGCGGCAAAAGCAGCAACGAGUAGUUCCGAGAACAAGGUGCUGAAGGUGUACUUGGAUCUGUUCGACAAGGCUUCGGAGCGAGAGGAUUUAGCGUUUGUGCGGCAGCGCACGCAGAAGGUGAUCCUGCGGUACUGCCAGAGUCGGUGUCCGUUGCGCGGCGGUGUGCCCGCGUUCGACCAGUUGGAAAAGUGGAUCGGUGAAUUCGCAGACAACCACGACGAUCUACUCACGACGGAGUGGGCACUCGUACUGGAAGAGUGGCACGGGGAACCCGGCGUGGAUCUUGAUCGUAUUUUGCUUUUAUUUUUGAACACUAUAGGUAGUGAUAUAAAGUUAUUUUUCUUGUCUCGUUCACAUCAACAUGGUGAUGGACUCUCAUGUGGAUGGAUGAUCAUGAUUUGUCAACAAGCAGAACGUUUAUUCUGAAAACUAUCCACCGCUUGGAUUUUUUGGAACAUCAAAACAAUAUUAAACCUAGGCGUUCAAUGCCUGGAGCAGCUUUGCGGCAUCAAGACCGAGCGGGCGAUUGGACCGCUCGAUGCCACCGACAUGUUUGCCACCGAGGUGGACGAACCGCUGCGGGAGAAGAUUGGCGAGCUGCGGGAGAUUCUCGGGAGCGACUUUGGCGAGGGUUUUCUGUGCGCGCUGCUGAACCAGUACGAGCGCAACACGGCGCAGUGCAUCGACGCGGUGUUUCAGGACCAGUUGCCGGUGGCGCUGGCCGUGCUGGACCGCAAGAUGACGCUGGAGGAGAUGAAGAACCGGGCCGCGUCGACCCGGGAAAAGAGCAAGCGGCCGCUGGACGCGCAGCUGGAGAAGGCACUCAGCGCGGCGUCGGAGCACACGCGGCAGCGGUACGGACAGAAUCCCGCGACCGGGGCCACCCUGGCGGACCGCCAGGCCGCGGAAAACAAGCAGCGCAUUCUGGAGCUCGUCGCGCAGCAGGACCAGCAAGACGCCCUGGAGGUGGCCCAGGAGCUGCAGAAGCGCGCCGAGGACCUGCACCGGCGGGAGCAGGUGCGGUUGACGCGGCAGCGCAAGGCCCUGCGCGAGUACGACGACGAGCCCGAGGUCACCGAACACUGGUACCUCCCGGACACGGGUGCGGGCCAGACCGCCGGUGACCAGGACGAGGGGGGGAAUUCGAAUGAAAACAGCAAGGGAAGGAAAGCGAAUAAAGCCGGCGCAGCAGCAGGAGGAUCUUCCAAAGGUAGUAGUGCGUCCAGCAGGAACAACAACACCACCGCGACCAAGAACAACAACAGCAGCUACGACUACGACCCGAAAUCGCGAAAUAAUGUUAAGACGACAGGGAAGACAAAUGCUGGGGCUGCUGCUUCCUCGAGUAGUUCAUCUUCGCGAGGACAACACAACAAGCAAGAGCAACAGAGUACUAGUUACGACGACGAUUGGUACAGUGGCUACAAUGCACAGAAAGCGAACUACGACUGGCAUGAGUGGAAGAACUACAUGGAGGAAAACGAGGAGCACGCGGAGAUGGACGCGAUGGGCAACUACAAGACAUCAAAAGCAGGCGACAAGACCAAUUGGUAUGGUGGCAAGUGGAAAGACUGGAACUACGAAAAAAACACAUGGUAUGACGACGAUGAGGACGAUGAAGAAGAGGAUAUUAACGACGCGGAACCCAAUACCGAAUCGGAGGACGUAACCGACACCGGUGGCAGCAAGGGCAAGGGCGGUGGAAAGAGUGGGAAAAAGGGCGAGAACAACAGCUCGGACCAAGCCAAGCGCACGGUUCAGGGGCAAAGCUAUGGCGCUCGCCGGAAGGAAGCCAAUAAAGCGAAAACAGUCAACCAUCGACGACGAGAUCGGUUCGCGCAAAAAAUGAGCCGCGGAUUUCUGUAAUGCUAGUAUAGUGCUACGCAUUUAUUCUAAAAAUGAUUCAUAAGGCGACAUCCACGUAUUAACACCUCCCAUGUUGUAAAAAGUACUGAUGCAGCAGGUGCCCUUUUCUUCAAGCGUAAGCGAAGAUCAAGAUGAGUUCUCUUCCUCAAGUGCCAAGACUGAAAAUUGGUUCCGGCGCCGCGACGCAAAAAGUAUGCGUACGUGACUAUCAGAAAUCGGAAGUCCUGCAGUGAUCCGUAAAUUGCAUGCCGUUUCGUGAUGUUAAAAGUGGAU